AUUUCUUUCGUUCACCCUACACCUCCCCUCCCCUCCCCUACCAUUUACCCACCCAAAAUUCUUUUUGAGUUCUUUCUUUGUUUUUUCAUUCAGUAUUGAGCUUGAAAGAUUCAGUCUUUUUACUACUUGUACCAGCCUGUAAUGUGCUCAUGAUCUCUAGUCGUCUUCGUCAAAGGACAAGGCCAAAUGCUGCCUUGUCUGAGGCCUUCACCAUCAACUGCAGCUACGAACAGCCAUGCUUCCCCAACCUUUUCCCAAGGAUCUGCGGAUGGGACUGCAGCUUCUAGUUUUCAGCCCUCUCCAACUGUCAAUCUGACUCGUGAAUACACUUGCGCUGUUCAAACCAGUUCCUACGGUGAGAUAUGGUCUAAAAUUCACCAUGACAGCCAUUACAAUGAAAAGGUUGAUGUAGGGCAGGUGGAGCUUCUUGAGGAAUCUGAGCUGCUAGAGCAGGUCCUCCGUCCGAGUCAUGAGUUUGUUUCAGAGGCACUCUCCCAUAUUAGGCCGAGCCCUCUAACCAAACUUGUUGCUACUUACUUCAAGCACAGUGAGUCCACUUCGCGACUCUGCCUUUUCAUUCACCGAAGUGUUCAUCGUGCUCGACUGAUUUAUGCCUCUUUUGAUAACCUUCUUGACAUCCUACCUGAAGAUUUGGACAAUGGUGCUCAUUCCCUGUCACAGUUCCAAUGUGACAGGGUGUUUGACAUUUUUCUUCAAUUUGACCAAUUUGACAACCCCUUUCCCAGCCCUGGUUCAUACAACUUUGAUGAUAUGCGUCAUUGCUUCUCCCAGCUGAGACAAGAGCUUGACCACCGUCUCCAUAAGUCAAGGUCGAAAAUACGCCUCCUUCAUCAUGCUACUAGAGGCUCUGUCAUUUGCCUAUUUGCCGCUACGGUUGGAGUGGUUAUAUCGGCUGUGGUUGUAGCUACUCAUGCUUUUGCCGCCCUUGUUGCCAGCCCCCUAUGUCCUGUUUGCCUUCCUUCCAAAGUGAGUAAGAGAGAGGUGUCCCAUCUGGCACAGCUUGAUGCUGCUGCAAAGGGGACUUAUGUUCUCCACAAUGAUUUAGACACCAUUGAUCGCCUAGUGGCCCGUCUGCACAUGGCAUUUGAGGGUGACAAGCUUCUCAUACGACUGGGAUUGGAGAGGGGCAGGGACAGGCAUUCUAUCCAGGAGGUUGUGAAGCAGCUUCGCAAAACCCGUUCAAAUUUUUUGCAGCAGCUGACAGAUCUUGAUGAACACUUGUGUCUCUGCUUUGCUGCAAUCAAUCGGGCCAGAUCACUUCUUCUUGGUGAGAUACAAAUUUAUUAGUCCAUGGCAUCUCCGCAUUUCUAUACCAUCAAAUGGCAAAUAAGGACAGUGGUUUCUGGAGGUCCUGCAAGCUAUAUCAGGACAAGCUUGGUGUGUUUAAGCAAGUGAGAAUUUGGAAACAUAAUAGCUGGGACUGGAACCCGUUAAAGUUGACUCGCACAGUUUCAGAAUGUGCAAGGAGAUGUCAUCAGAUGGCAGUGGCCACUAAAAUGCUGCAAUAACUUAGGACAGAGUCGUCCUGACACGUAAACUGACCCGAAGGAACCUCAUUUUGUUGUUUAUUUUAUACUAGUAGGUGAAAUGACAGACUACUGCCCUUAAAACCCCGAGAGAUGUUGUACAUGUCAGCAAGGUUCAUUGUCGGAGGUAUUAGAACUUUUUUGUGCCAACUUAUAGGGAUUAAUUAGUGUGUUUGGAUUGUAAGUUAUUUGCCCAAAUAUAUUUGUUUACAUCACUAUUACA